AUGGUAAAUAUCUACGAAGAAAUCCAAAUACCUCUUAAGGCGGGUAACAUUGCUGGCUGUUGGUAUGGUAGUCGCAGCGAGCGUCCCCUAUUAGCUCUGCACGGUUGGCAAGAUAAUGCUGGCACUUUUGCUCUUUUGGCACCCAUUCUAAGUCGUUAUACACCUAUAUUGGCCAUUGACUUUCCCGGCCAUGGAAAAUCGAGUCACCAUCCACCUGGCAUAAUUUAUCACACGAUAGACUAUGUUCGCGCCAUAAGAGAAAUUAUGCUAUCCUUUAAGUGGUCAAAAAUCUCUUUGCUGGGCCAUUCCAUGGGUGCAGCUAUUUCAUUUCAUUUCUCCUCGCUGUUUCCCCAAAUGGUGGACAUGUUAAUCAGCAUUGACAUUUUGCAUACACGUUACUUUCCAAUAAAUGCACAGCUGUAUUACAUGCGUUUUUCAACAGAUAAAUUCUUUAUGGAUGCCGAACGAAAGCUCUCGAGCGAGCAUAAGACACCACCUCUAUACACAUUUGAACAAUUGCAAACGAUUUUAUAUGAAGCUUCAGAGAAAUCCAUUGAUUUCGACAAAACCAAAUAUAUUCUGGAAAGGAAUAUCACAUGGAGUAAUGAACAUCAGAUGUAUUACUUCUGCCGCGACAAUUCCAUAAAACUUUUGCAAGAAAUGAAUACAGAACCUGGAAUUUGCAUUGAAAUGGCAAAGCGAUUGAAUGGAAUCAAAUGGUUGGUAAUAAAAGGAGGCGAUUCCAGUCACAUCGACGAAGAAUCUGCGGUGACCAAGACAAUCAAGGAAUGGCACGAACAAAAUAAUCCCAAUUUUGUAUUCCACGUUUUGCCGGGACUCAAGCAUCAUUGUCAUCUAAAUAAUCCAAAUGAGGUGGCUGCCUGUAUAUUACCUUUUUUGGCUAAGCAUAGAGUACCGGGACGAGUGUAUACCACGGAAAGUAAAUUAUGA